UUAAAAGGGAACGUAACAAAACAUGUAUAUUUUCGGAAGCAAUCAAUAUACAACACAACAUUCGGUCGUAUUCUGCCGUAUUGGGCCGCGCAACAAAUUGGCAACCACUUAACGCCUUAAAAGGUUCCUUUUUUUAUUGAGACAACCCAAUUGUGCGUGUCGGCAUGAUGGUGCUUCUCGAGUGUCUGCUGCAGUUAAGCUGGUUAAAAGUAAUUCUAAUUUCAAACGAUAGCAGCAUACGGAGCAUGCUGAACAGCACCUUUUGGCUAAGCUGCUUUUUGGGUGUGGUGUUUAUAUAUUUCAAGCACCUUUUCAAAUUACUCUUACGCGUGGGACACGUACAAGGAAGACAAUUUUCGCAAAUUGUACACUACCUAUGGAACAUCUGCUUCUACGCGGCAGCCGUCGUGUUUCUAACGCUCUACCACAUGUUGCUCAUCUGGCCCGAGGUGAUCAAAGGGAGCGCCAACUACUUCCCCAAGACGAGCAGUGCAAUAUUCGCAACCGUUUGCGACGCAGGCACGUUUGAACUCAUCACACUCGUACUGGUAGCGUUCGAGGUGUUUUGUGUCAUUUCGAAUUUCACCAAGUGUGACUAUUCGGAAACCCUCGCCAACGCCUUGUACGGUGCGUUGCUGGUUAGCUGUUUUUCGUUGCGCCUGGAAAACUACAGUUUACUGCUCAACUUCUACACCAGUGUGUACCGCACGAUUCGCGAAUCGCUACUACUGUGCGCUUCGCUAACGAAUGCAACGCACCGCGCACGACUUACGAUUUUGGCUGUACUGAUGUUCUGCACAUGGUUCUACUUGUUUCUUAACCUGCUGCCUUUCGAAUUUCUCAUCCCAACGUUGCACGCGCGCAAAGAAAACUUCGCGUUGAAACUGUGCUUCGGACUUUGGUACUGUUCGUGUAUUUGGAACUCUCCGUUGUUGAAGUUGUUGUACCACAAAAUCUAUCAUACGUAUCCGAAUGAUUGUGCCGGCGAGGGAUCGACCGUACGGUGCAUUAUGUCUGACGAUUGGCAAAACGUUCGUCACUUUCGCAAUCUCGAGCAUGCCUUCUAUGAUUUAAAGCUGCAUCAAUCUCACGAAAGCAUUCAGUCGGGUCAGGCAAGCGAAAAUACUACGGCUGCAGCGUUUCAAACCAUAAAAUGUGUCAUGGCGUUAAAACGUAAAUUGAAACUACUGCGGGAACGUAGAGCGCAAGCAAGGAUAGACAGCCAUACAUAAUUACCGACUACCAAUUCAAUCUAUUCUUGAAAACUGAUAAGAUCGUCAAUAUGGGCAAGUACAUUAUGAAUUUUUAAAGACCGAGGAGGAUGGCAAUUUUAUUCAUAGCAAGCCACUAAAAACCAGAAUGAUUUACAUUAAUAAUAAACCAAACGAAACUGACUGAAAUUUGUUUUACUAACAUCAUAAAAUCACGUUCUAUA